AGAAGUCGGCCCCGCUGAAUAGCAGCUGGUGGGUCUGCAGUGGUGGUGACCCCGCCGGGGUUGCUCGCCACUCCUGACUCCGAUCUGCCCACCAGACCGAUGGCGGCGGCCGGGCUGAGGGACCCGACUCAGGUUCCCAUGACUACAGAAGCGCGUAUGGGCUUCACACAGGGCUCUGUGACCUUUGAGGACGUGGCCAUUUACUUCUCCCAGGAAGAGUGGGGGCUACUUGAUGAGGCUCAGAGGCUCCUAUACCACGAUGUGAUGCUGGAGAACUUUGCACUUAUAACCUCGCUGGUUUGUUGGCAUGGAACAGAAAAUGAAGAGACAUCUGCACCUUCUAUAGAAGGACUGUCACGGGUUGGAAGUCUGAAGGCAGGUCCAUCUACCGAGAAUACUCACCCCUGUGAGAUGUGUGUGCCAAUCCUGACAGAUAUUUUAUAUCUGGCUGAUCCACCUGAGCAGAUACCGUACUUGAUUGGGGCAUGUGCGAUCUUUCACCAGAAUCAGAAGCAGUACAGUACAGAGAAACCAUUGAAAAGGGAUACAGACAAGCACUGUCUAUCCCAUGUGUCAGGGAAGCCCUUCAUCACUGGGGAGUUGGGGAAGGACUUCCCAGCCACACUGGACCUUCUCCAGCCCCAGGCUAUUCCCAACUUUGAGAAGGCAAAUGAGUAUGAGGAGGCUUUUCACACUGCAGUAGGUCAUUACAAGUGGGACGAAUGCAGAAAACUUUCUAACCACAAAGGUACUUUGGUUCACCGAAAAGUCUGUCCUGGAAAAAGGCUUUAUGAAUCUAGCAAAUGUGGGAAAGCUUACUGCUGUGAGUACUCAAUUGUUCCGCUCCAGAGAGUCCACAAUGGAGAAAGGCCAUAUGAGUGCAGUGAAUGUGGGAAAUGCUUUAGCCAAAUGUCUCACCUAAAUGACCAUCAGAGAAUCCACACUGGAGAAAGGCCUUAUGUGUGUGGUCAGUGUGGAAAAUCAUUUAGUCAAAGAGCUACCCUCAUUAAACAUCACAGAGUUCACACUGGAGAAAGGCCUUAUGAGUGUGGCAAAUGUGGGAAAUCAUUUAGCCAGAGUUCUAACCUUAUUGAACACUGCAGAAUUCACACUGGAGAAAGGCCUUACGAGUGCAAUGAAUGUGGAAAAGCCUUUGGGUCCAAAUCCACUCUUGUUCGGCACCAGAGAACUCAUACAGGAGAAAAGCCUUAUGAAUGUGGUGAAUGUGGGAAAUUCUUUACACAAAGCCACAGCCUGCUGGAACACCGGAUAAUUCACACUGGAGCAAGGCCAUAUGAGUGUGGCCAAUGUGGGAAAUCAUUUAGCCUAAAGUAUGGUCUCAUUCAGCAUCAGUUAAUUCACAGUGGAGCUAGGCCUUUUGAGUGUGACCAGUGUGGAAAAUCAUUUAGCCAAAGAACCACCCUCAAUAAACACUACAAAGUUCACACUGCAGAAAGGCCUUAUGUGUGUGAAGAAUGUGGGAAAGCUUUUAUGUUCAAAUCUAAACUCGUUCGGCACCAGAGAACUCACACUGGAGAAAGGCCUUUUGAGUGCAGUGAGUGUGGGAAAUUUUUUAGGCAAAACUAUACCCUGGUUGAACACCAGAAAAUUCACACUGGAUUAAGGCCUUAUGACUGUGGCCAGUGUGGAAAAUCCUUUAUCCAGAAGUCUGGCCUUAUUCAACACCAGGUGGUUCACACUGGAGAAAGGCCUUAUGAGUGUGGCAAAUGUGGAAAAUCAUUUACACAACACUCUGGCCUCAUUCUCCACCGAAAAUCUCACACCUUGGAAAGGCCCCAUUAAAGCUGCAAACACCAAAAAGCAUUCAGCCCAGGGUCUGACAUUGUUUAACUCCUGAAACUCCACACUUGAGAAAGGUCUUAGACUUGCAGGAACGUGCUGUCUCUUUAAGUAUUCUAGCACUACUGAGCCUCUGUGAGGGACCCAUCUGCCUGAAGUUGAACUUUAUACUUUAAGACCUACAAAGGGAUGAGAUUCCCCAUGAGGUCCAGGUGUGUAUAAAGCUUACAGUAGCUGCAUGUUCUAAACUGCUUGAGGCCCUUGCUUCAGUCAAAUCACUGCCAGUUUCUCUGAUAGUAGCCAUCUCCCCUCAAUCACCCUUCACAAUGGGCAUUGGUCACCUUGAAAUACUAAGGCAUGGCAGGCUUCUGUGCUCAUUUCUUGGAGGAAAUCGUGAGCAGUCUGCGUCUUUAGAGAGAAUUCAUUCCUUUUUCUAACUGAUGUAAAGCAUGUAUCUGUUCCAUUUUGGGCCAGGUAGAUACAAUCUGGGUUCUCUUAGAGCAGUGGUUCUCAACCUGUGGGUCAAGACCCAUAGGAACUGUAAGGGUUGCAGCAUUAGGAAAGUUGAGAACCACUGUCUUAGAGGUUUAUGUGGAAGGCUUUCUUUCAUGGAAAUCCUCACAUGACACUUGGUAAUUUUUCUAGUCUCCAAGUCACUACUGGUAAUCGGCUGCUUCACAUUGCUCUGGCCUGUGCACUAAUAAACGCCUUAUUGUUAAAUCUA